GGGCUGAGGCCAUCAGGUCUAGUUCUCUGCGGCUUUCUCUGAGGGUCUGUGGCUCUCCCAAUGGGUCUCUCUCUUUCCCUCUGUCGCUGACUCUCCCUCUAUCUUCUUCAUUGACCUCCCUUUGUGAAUUUGUUUCCCUCCUUGAGAGUCUCUCAUGUCUUUUCGUGUUUUUCUCCACUGGCCCAUCUCCCAGUUCGUGUGUCUCAGACUCGGUGAACUUCUUAGUGGAUCUCAGUCUCUCUGGUCUUUUCUUGGCCUCCUAGGACCUUAAUCGGUUUCUUUGGUCUUGCCACCCCUAUUACAGCCCCAUAGCUUCAGGUCCUAGCCUCUUUUCUUCGUGCUUCCCCAUACUUUGCCCAGAAGAACACACCAGACAGAAGCUUCGUAUGCACUGCCUGGUUGGCCACUGCCUGGCUUGUACUAGACACUUCUCACACAACCAUUAGUUCAUUUCCUGUGCAGCUGUAAUUGCAUGGGGCCUGCUCCAAGUGUUAGGUGUGAGCGUGUCCCAGAUCUUAGCUAAUGAUGUUUCCCAUUAAGCGGAAUGGAGAGAGCCAUUUGACUGCCUACAUUUUUGGGGGGAUGUCCACAGUUCAGGCUUGAGAUCCUCCCCAGAACACAUGCUAGUGGAUCUUUGCACAGUGAGUGAUACUUCAUUCCCUUUCUGUCUUAAAUUUGUUAGGUGCCAUAAGACUCUAGAAUUUAGCGACCAAGGUUCUUUUCUUUUUUUCCCCAAACUUGGUGCUGAAAUGAAUAGGAAUAUAAUAGAAGGCAUGGCCUAUGGAGUCAGACCUGAGCUAGAAUCCUGUUUAGUAGACAGGUGACCAGAAACAGAUCACUUAAUCUUCCUGAUUUAGUCUUCCAUCUCUGAAAUGGGGAUCAUAAUAACUACUCUACAAGUCUGUAGGAGGAUUAAAGAUCAUAUAUGUAAAACCCUUGUCACUAUGCCUUACACAGAGAGGAUAACAGUUCUAGUUACCUUUCACUUUUGAGGUGCUGUAGUUAGAGCAGCUGAGUAUUCAAAUAUUGACCACCAACGUUUGUAGGAGAGAAGAAAGGAAAAGGAAAGAAGGAGUAUUUCCAUUUCUGGAUUCCUUUCUAUAACUGUGUCUAACCCCCUCCCCCACAGUUUCCUGAUACAGUCUGUGCUUUUGACACAGGAAUAUAAGGAUCCAUGCAGCAAAUUUAGGAUAGUGUAGCAAUUGAGCAUUGAGUCUGAAGUCAUCUCUUAGUCUUGGGCAAUGACUGAUGGAGACAAAGUGUCAUCUGAAUUGCUCAUCAGAGCCAGGGUGACCUGGGCCUGGGAAGCAUCUGGGAUUGCAGUUCUGGAUAUUGCCACCAGGUGGCAUCAGCAAUGACUUUGUGUUUCCAUUGCUCUGAGGAAAUGGGAUUCUGGGCUCAAUUUAGUUGCUAGUAGUUUGGGCCCUUAGAACACAGGAGGAGAGCACCACCGGAAUGUGAUCCUGGUAGAAUGAGCAAGCUGGAUAGAAGAAACAGCAUGGGAAAGUGUGUGGAAUGCCCAAUCCAUGACAUACGCCUGGGUAAUGGUCACUGCUUCUUCUCCAAAAGGAGGGAUACUAUCUCAAGUCUGCCUUCCCAGACUCCACCUCGCCCCCAGAGAAAGCCCAGAGGGCAAGAGAGAAUCUGUACAGAUUCUAGCCUUCUCAGGCCACUUGCAAGACUGGGCUCUGUUCCUCCCCAGAGGAAACCACCUCCGCAGGACAAUGGUGGGUCUAGGUUGCUCCCCAGCGGCCUCCCCAGGAAAUGCUCCGUCUUCCACCUCUUCGUUGCCUGUCUCUUAUUGGGCUUCUUCUCCCUACUCUGGCUGCAGCUCAGCUGCUCUGGUGAUGUGGCCCGGGCAGCCAGAGGACAAGGGCAGGAGACCCCGGGUCCAUCCCGGGCCUGUCCUCCGGAGAUGCCCCCUGAACACUGGGAAGAAGAUGCGUCAUGGGGCCCCCACCGCCUGGCAGUGCUGGUACCCUUCCGUGAACGCUUUGAAGAGCUCCUGGUCUUUGUGCCCCACAUGCACCGCUUCCUGAGCAGGAAGAAGAUCCAGCACCACAUCUAUGUGCUCAACCAGGUGGAUCAUUUCAGGUUCAACCGAGCAGCACUCAUCAACGUGGGCUUCCUGGAGAGCAGCAACAGCACAGACUACAUUGCCAUGCAUGAUGUGGACCUGCUCCCUCUCAAUGAGGAGCUGGACUAUGGCUUCCCUGAGGCGGGGCCCUUCCAUGUGGCCUCGCCAGAGCUCCACCCACUCUACCACUACAAGACCUACGUGGGCGGCAUCCUGCUGCUCUCCAAGCAGCACUACCAGCUGUGCAAUGGGAUGUCCAACCGCUUCUGGGGCUGGGGCCGCGAGGAUGAUGAAUUCUACCGGCGCAUCAAAGGAGCUGGGCUCCAGCUUUUCCGCCCCUCAGGAAUCACAACUGGAUACAAAACAUUUCACCACCUGCAUGACCCAGCCUGGCGGAAGAGGGACCAGAAGCGCAUUGCGGCUCAAAAACAGGAACAAUUCAAGGUGGACCGGGAGGGAGGCCUGAACACUGUGAAGUACCGAGUGGAUUCCCGCACAGCCCUAUCUGUGGGUGGGGCCCCCUGUACUGUGCUCAACAUCAUGUUGGACUGUGACAAGACGGCCACCCCCUGGUGUACAUUUGGCUGAGUUAGCUAGAUAGUAAGGAAGCACAUGCCUCUGGCCACAUUGCUACUCAGGCUCAGGACAAAACCUCAGGCCUCAGGCCCAGUUCCGAUGAGAUGUGGAGUGCCCUGAAGAAACAGGCAGCAAGCUCUGUGUUUGUAGCAGCUACCCCCAGAGGCAGGCCUACACCAGGAGAGGACAAAUGCAGAGCCUGGAUGCUGCUGCAAUAAACAGUGAUUAGAGAGAGACUAAAAAGUGGCUCCCAACUGGGACUCUCCACCCUGCCUCUCUGCUAACCCUGCUCUGCCUCCUUCAUGUGCUGAGGCCUGUGGGCAGUGGGAGAGUUGUACAGGACAACCUCUAAUCAGCCUUGAGUUUGUUCCUUCCUGCUGGACUGCCUCCUGCAGAGAUACAAUUUAGAAGCCAAGCAGCUGAUGUAGAUGGUAAUUGUGAUUGGGAGGCUUAGAACUUCAGAAACCAGAGCACAAGCACACAGAAAGCAACAAUGGAUACCAGCUCCCACUGGUUAUCACCAUGCAGGAAUGUGGGCCUGCCGCAAACAGAUACUCUGAUUUUUCAAAAGAACCUAGAAUGCUGGACUCUUAAACGAAACCUCCUGAUUUUUAAAUGAUAACAGCUAAUUGAAACUUGCAAAACGUAUGACAGGCCAAACAAAAUGUGUUGUGGACCACUGAUUUGUCACCUUUGGCUGAGGGGAAGGGAAAGAAGCAAAAGAUGACACCUCUCAGUUGUCGAGGAAUUGCUGGCAAGAAAUUGGGGUAGGGGUUGGGGGUGGCAGGUCCAGGUGAGAAGAAAAGCAGAAGGCAUGAGUUUCUUGUGCCACCCCUACCUCUAGGCUUUUGGGCUGCUUCCUUGAUGCCCAUCUGGGCACUUUAACCCACCUCCAGGCUCCAUCUGGUUGGGCUCUGACUCUGGGAGGGUGCUUCAUUCUGUCUCACAGAGAAAGAGCACCUAAAGAAAUAGAACCACAGGACUGGACUUAAGGUCGACAGGAUCAGGGAGUGAUGUCUCAGGUUGAGGCUUGAAGGAGGGAGAAUCAUGAUUCUGAGUUGGGAGGAAGAAGGUGGGGAGUGGAAUAAUCCCUGCAGUGUUCAUAGCAUGAAGGGAAAUUUCCAGCAGUCUCCAAGGAUCAUUGACAAGGAGAGGUGAGGAUAGGAGUAGGGAGAUGUGGAAUUGGGGACUGGAAUUGGGGAGUGACCUGGGAAAAAGCAUUUGGAGGGAAGCCUGGUGCCACAAGGGGGGUAUGAAGGGCCUUGCAAGGUAAAUUGUUCAUUCCAAACAUUUGACCACCAAAAAUUUGGGGCACAAAUGAGAGGAGACUUGGAACCGUUAACAUUGGUUUGUGUAACAUUGGGACAUGUCAGAUUGAGCUCCCAGAGUUGAAAAAGGUAGAAUCAACAGUGCUGAUCAAAAAAGACUCCUCCUCUGAGGAUGAUGUCAGGGGUGUUGGGUGCAGUUGUAUGGCUUACGUACCAUACAACCUGUAUGUAAGUUGAGAGAUUUAAGCAGAGAUGGUUGGAGUAGAGCUUGAGGUUCUGAGACCUAGCUCAAAGCUGUGAUGCUAGACUGAUAUUGUCCAGUGAUUCGACCUCACCUACUGUAUUGAGCAAACAGGCCUGGACUCCAGGGCAAGCACGAAGUUAGGGAUGAGGUGCUGUGUGCCCCAGUGUCCCAGCAUCCCUCAUCUUGGACUUGUAUAUAACAUAGGCAGUGACACAUGGCUCAUGAAAUUAGUGGGAAUGAAUGUGAUAUCAAAGCCCCCAGCUCUCAAUUUGGGGAGGCCUUCCUUUCCACUUGCAUUGGAGGAGUGGAAUGAGCAGAAAGGACAAAAAGAUGCCUUCACCUUGUGGGAUCAGUCAACAUCACACAUCUCCAGCAGGUGUGGUGGCACACACCUGUAAUCCCAGUGGCUUGGGAGGCUGAGGCAGGAGGAUCACAAGUUCAAAAGCCUUAGCAACUUAGUGAGGCCCUAGCAACUUAGCAAGACACUGUCUCUAAAUAAAAUAUUUAAAAAGGGCUGAGGAUGUGGCUCAGUGGUUAAAUGUCCCUGGGUUCAAUCCUUGGUACCAAAAAAAAAAGUACACACUUCCAAUCCUGUACCUCUACACUCCCACCGUGGCUGCUGCCAUUAGCCCCCCAGGCCAGGUCUGAUGUGGCCCAAAUCUGCAGCCUUCCCUCACUUCCCAUCCUAGGCCUCCAGCACUCUCCAGAUGGGGAGAGGGCCGAGUUAUAGUGAACCAAGGAGAGAUGGCUCUGUCUUCCUCAGCACCUUGUUGGCCUGUUUUCUGGAGUGGAAUCAGCUAGUGACCCUGCCUUGCUGGCUGGGGUGUGGGUGCAAUGCAGUAGGACAUAGUUGGCCUACAUGGAUAUUAUAAUAAUACUAUUACUUUUUGAACAUUCAUCACAUACAAAAUACAUUGCAUUAUUUCACUGAGGCCUCUAAGCUAGGUCCUAUUUAUUAACCUGUUUUAUAGAUGAUAAGGACAAAAAAAAAAAAAAAGAUGAUAAGGACAGAAAAGUACCUUGCCUAGGGCCACAGAGCUGAUAAGUGGUGAACUUGUGGACAUCUCUAGAAUCUGCCUCCAGAAAGAGAUUUCACCCUUUUCCCUGCACAGCAGGAGCCCAUGCACAGGGGUUUCUUCCCCUGCAGACCCUCCUCAGCCUGAGAGGUCCAACAUGCAGGGCUUCACCUCUGGGAAGAAAACAGACCACAGGGAGAUUCAGAGUAUCUGCCCCAUGACUCCUCUACCUUAAGGAAGAUGUGGAUUUUAUUGAUGGGAAGGGCCCUCAGAGCUGAAGAGUCCUGAUGGCACUUCAGUGGGACCCAAAGGUGGCACCAUGACUGAGGGUUGUACAGACUACUCAGGGAAGGCUUGCUGGUGGAUAAGAGCCAGUCAGAACAGGAAAGAUUUCCAGAGGAAUUUGCAUAUGGAAGGCAGAGGCUGGAGAGAGCUUGUUAGGUUUAGGAACUUGCAAAGAGUUUAGUGUGUUCCUGGCACCCCAGUACUGUGCAGGAGUUGGGGAGGUGGGCAGCAGAGGGAAAGUUAGGGUGAAUCCUGAGGAUCUGUGAACACCACAUUAGGCAACUUAUACUUAAUUCAAGGGGCUCAGGGUUUUCAAAUGGGAGAGUUUGAGGACAAGGGUUAGAUCCAUGUUGUAGAAAGAUCCUUCCGUGACAGAACCUAGUGUGAACUGUAGGAUGGGGUCUAAGAAACGAGCCUGGCCAAAAUGAGACAUGAUGAAGCCAGAAGGAGGCAGUGAAGCAGGGGGUGGUGGGGGAGGUCUUCUCAGCCCCCAGAGUCUGUAGAGCUGUUGGUUCCUCAGCUGUUGGCUGGCCAGGAUCAGCUGAACUACUGGGUCUUCCUUCGAAGAGGGUCCACUCCCCUGCAGUUUGUUUAGCCAAAUGGAUACAUGCACACAGCCUUUUUGCCAUCUCGGCCCUCAUUCCUUGGGAGCAUUUUUUUUAAAGCAACAAUAACAAAGGGAAAAGCCAUUUCUGGUUCCAGCAUCAACAGGUACAGAACUUGGAAGUCAUCUUUUCCAUGAUUACAACAAGAAAACAGCUCAACAGACUGAAAAAUGAUCACUUAUUUUGGACCCAUCCAAGAAAUGAGUUCACAGGGCAAACUGCUACCCUGAAAUUUAGAGAGACAAGCAAAUUCGCUCAGCCACAAGCAGCUUAUCUAGAGAAGUUUCUGGAGCCACAAACCAGUAGUAAUACUUAAACAGUAACUUUGACAAAUGGGUGGAGGCUAAGUGUGGGCUCAUGGUGAAGAGCCAAGAAAAAUUCCUUCUUGUCUCAGGGAAGGGAAAAUUAAACUUAAAAACAUGCCCUAACCUGGAUGGGGUGGGGUGUGCCUGUAGUCCCAGCUACUUGGAAGGCUGAGGUCAGGGAUCACUUGAGUCUAGGACUUCAGGGUCAGCCUGGACAACAUAGCAGGUUUUAUCUUAAAAAUAAGAAAGUGAGCCCAGCACAGUCUCCAUACCAGAAGCCUGUCCUCUAGGACCCCCUCCCCCCAGAAGAUAAAAAUCUAUCAGAGCUUGUCUCACCAAGGGUUAGGACAAAUCUGCAGUGGAAUAGUGGUGGAUAGCCUCUGAAGGAGCUUCAAAGACAGACUGGAUUGAAGAAGUUCUGAGGGAAACCCAAAGACAACAGAAACAAAACCAAGGACAUUAGAGGAAUUAAAAACUUCUGGCAGUUACAGUAGACAGACAUUAAUCUUCAUCCAACUCCUAAACAGAUUAACAUUGAACCUCACACUAGAGGUCAAAGUCAGUUCUUUACCCAAGAAUUACAUGUGAAUCAUGUAACAAGGCAUCCUAAGAGGCAAGGAAAAAAACAGACUAAAGAGACAAAGUAUACUUCAGAACUAAAUCCAUAGAGGAUACACAUUUUGUAAUUAUCAGGAAAUUUUAAAUAACUGUGACUAAUAUGUCAAGGACGCUAGCCUGCGAUGGGCUCAUCAGUAGACGGGACACACUAAGAAAAGAAUCAGUGAUCUUGAAGAUCUGGUAAUAGCAAUAUCAAAACUGAAAUGCAAAGAGGAAAAAGAAUGGAAAGAGAGGGAACAGAACAUAUGAGAAUUGUGGAAGAAUUUCAAAAGAAUGGCACAACUGGAACACCAGAGGAGAAGGAACUGUUCAAGUAAUCAUAAAUUGUCUCAUGAGACAAUUAAUUUAAUGAGACACUGAAUUACAGUCUAAGAAGCGUAGAGAACACCAACUAGGAUAAAUACACAAAACAAAACACAGAAUAAAACAAACAAAUGAAAAAUGACACCUAGACACAGCUAGUCAAAGCUAAGAUCAAAACCAAAAAAUAUUGAAAGAAGCCUUAGAAAAUGCCUCCAGCUUAUGUAUGGAGAAAAUGGGUAAGAAUUACAGCCUACUUGUCAGAUCCAAUACAAACAAGAAGAAAGGAAAAUGAAAAAUAUAUUUUUUUCCUCUUGUACUGGGAUGGAGCCCAGGGCUUCACACAUGCCAGGCAAAUGCUCUACCAGUGACACCUCCAGGCCUGGGAGUGAAAUGUUUUAAGGGUUGAAAGAAUAAAACCUCAUCAACCUAGAA